CUUUGUUGUCAUAUAAAAGUCGAACAGAUGAUGGUGUGACGAUUGUAUAAGUUGAUUAACUUGAUGGAAAUGAAAAGGGUUAUAAAUCUUAAUUCCCUUUACCAAGUUAUGACAAAAUUUGACCCGUCUGGGCUCCGACAGUCUAUAAUGGAACAUUGACUGGCAGCAUGGAAGAAGCCCAGAGUCUGAGGGAAGAGGGCAGGGAUGCAGUAGGAAGUGGGGAACCCAAUACUGAGGGAGGAUACUCAGUGACGGAGGGGGGACUGGGACUAGAGUCCAAGAGGAGCCUCAGUGUGCAGGAUGCCUGGGCCAUCUACCGCCAGAUCCGAUUCCAGGAACAGUCAGAAGAAAACCAAAUUCUGCAGGACCUGUCACUCAAUGCAUUCCUUAACUUGUUCCUGAAGGAGUCGCAGGAAAAUUCUCAAGUCCAGGGAGUCAGAUUGUUAAGCAAGUUAUUUAAUGUUGACAUGAGGAGUGUGGCGAAUCAUUUGUGUCAGGAGUUUAUGUCUGACAUAAUCCGUGUCACUGGGUCCUCAGAUGAUGAAGACACUGCUCCUCUUCAGAACUAUCUCCUCAGAGAGCGAGGAUGGCUUCUCCUCUACACAAUCCAUAAAAAUGGCACACAGGGUCUCACUGUUGGAAAAGAUUUCAGUAAUCUGCUAGUCUCUUUACUUCCAUGGUGCUUGAAAUUUCCUAUUGACAACAGUGAACCCCAAACAGAAAUUCUGGAGCCAUUGACACCAGUUCACACCUGCUUCCUCCAUUUGGAACACUCUGCCAAAUGGCAGCGAUGUAACUCCCAGAGAAACAAGGUGCUACCCCACACAGACAAACACACACUCAAACUCCACCCAUCAGGAAGCCAAAGAAAGCUGAGGAAGAUUCCAGAAAGUGCCAAACAGCAGGACAAUUCAGACAGCGAAGUGGAGAGUUUGAGUGAACCAAUCAAAAGACACAGAUCAGGAAAGAGGGCGAUGAGGCAUAGGAGCAUCUCGCAAAGUCUGGCAAAAGAACCAUUGGAGAGAAGUCAGUCCAGCAAGGAAGAGGAUGAGGAGGAAAUGACAACACUGCUGUCCAAGUACAAGGCUGGAAACAAGGCGAUAUCUACGUACAAACUGUGUCUGCUUAUUGUGGACGUCCUCACUGAUAUCUGUUUACUUGAUACUGACCAAGUCAACCACACCAAAGCACUGUCACCGGUUCUCUUACCUCACAUCCUUCAUACUCUCACAAACAUGUAUCCCAGUCCCAGUGGAGGAAAUGAAGAUUUACUGGCUUUUCAUUGGCUGAAAAGGCAGCAGACACAUUUUCAAAGAAAGCUUUUAAGAACUAUUCUAGUCAUGGUUUCAACUGUGGCAACUCAACCCAAUGGAAUCAAUGUCAUUGUCGGACAUAAGUUUGUGUCUGUUUUACUAGAUGUAGCAAGGCAGAUUCAACAGCUCCAGAAUCUUAAAGAGGAACUGUCUUAUGCGAGGCAGAGAACAUCUGAUGACCUGUGUCAGCUGACUGAUGACUUUGUUUUGUUUACCGAGUUGAUCUUAGGUCUUUUGAUGACUGUAGAUGUCACAUUCCAAUGCUUACCGUUCAAUCUAGUUCAUGUAAAGAGUGCCAUACAGCUUGUUGAAGAAUUCGAUGAAGGACAUGGCUUUACUAUGUUAGAGAGGAUUAUCCAUACCCUGGACAGUAACACAGUCAAAUCCACCUCCAUUCAGAUGAAGCUAUGUAUCCAGGUCACGGAACCAGUCAAAAUCAUCAGCUCCUUCCUCAGUACCCUUAAAUCCUUGAAGCUGAAUUAUAUCCAUGUCAUGAAAUGUACCAAACGCAAGCACAAAUCUUGCCAGUUUCAAGAGUAUUUCAACCACCAUCAUAAUAUUCUUGGACUACCACAUUAUUCUGUUGGAGAAGAAAAGAUGGAAGGGAUGCCAGAGACAUCCCUACAUAACACAACAUGUCUGGUUGCAAUAUGGUGCACAUUUUUGCUUGAUCUCAUUUCGAAAGUCAAAGACAAAUCUUUACUAAUUGAGAUUUUACGAACAGUUGAACAAACUGGCAAUUGCUGCUGUAUUUCUUUAGAAACUAUAUUUGAGCCAAUUAGAGAAAAUCUAGCAAAAUUCAGUCCUGGAAUCAAGAAUUUUGCCUUAGAAGUUUUCAACAGGAUUUUGUUAGGACAGUUUCAUGAAAAAGCUAGCUAUGAAAAUGGCAAGGAACAAUCAAUUCGUCAGUGCAAUACAUGUAGAGACGUAAGACUUGCUAGUGAAAAGAGUGUGGAGAAAAUAGAAAUGUCAGAAAAAACUGUUACUUUUGGUAUGGACAGUGGGUUUUCUAGUCAUGAUUUUCCCGAAAAGAAAUUUCCAGUGAUUAACAGUUUUUCCAAGGUGAUGCAAGGUUUCAAAAACUUGUUGUUUUCUCCAGACAGUAAUGUUGCAGAAAUGACUGCUAAAAACCUAGGUACUUUGGCCCUUUUGGGCAGUGCCUCAUUGAAAGAAGAGCUCUUUUUCAAUGUGUAUAUCCAUGCUUUUGAGUCAUUCCUUGGGAAUAUGAAGAAAACUCCUUCCAGUGGACCUCAGGAAACCCCUGAAAAUGUGACCAUCCACCCAACUUUUUCUUCUAAAGUGAAAGUCCAUUGUUUACUUGCAGUGCCAAACUUGCUGAAAGAAGAGAAAGUGAUGAAAGCUUUUCUCACAAAGAGGGGGGUUGGUCAGAUUUGUAGAAUGCUGGAUGAUAAUGUAUUACGAGCUCCUGUCUUAAAAGUGUUUGAAGCAUUAGUCAUCUUAGAUGAAGUAAAGGAGCGAGAAUUUGAAAACAGCUUGGAAACCAUGGAAGAAUCAAAGUCAAAAGCAGGAAUGGUCAUCUCUGCAUUUAUAGAUGGUCUUGCCAAGAAAACAGACAUGAGUUUGUCCCUGUAUCUUUCAUCUGAUAUAAAACAUCAGAAGGAUCUGUGUAAGCUAAGUCCCGACAACAAAUACAUCCAAAACCUGACUCUAAUGGUGGACAUGUGGGAAACCUGUGCCAAGCUCUCUCUGAACAGUGAACACUUUGUGGUGCACCUGUUACAGUCCCAAUGUCUCCCCAUUGCUGGGAACCUCUUGUUGAAAGUCUUAAAACAACUGAAGGCCUCCACAAACUGUGAUAUAGCCCGGCAGGUGGGCCAAGGGGAGGAACACUGCAAGGAUUCGUCCGAGGACUCCGGACAGGAACUGGAGCACCUGGUGUCCUUGACGAUGAACAUGCCCUCUGUGUGCUUCCUGAAGCUGGCUCUUCUCCAGUGUCUACUGACUGUCUGUAAUGUCUGCUACAAGCAUCAUGGGAGACUGAAUGAAAUAAAAAUGUGGGGGAGGAUCCGGGACUCGUUCCAGGAUUGCGCUCUCCUGCCUGCGUGCCGCCUCAAGACACUGUUUGACAUCAUGCUCAACUCAGCUAUGCCCAAAAAGGUCACGGUGUUUGACUCCAACCAGAAAACUAGCAUUCCACAAGAUUUUAUCAAAGAGGAUGUCAUUGAUGAUGAUGAGAUAAGACAACUCCUCAACAUGAGCAGUGAGGAAGAAGGGGAUUCUGGGAGGAUGGUGGGAAAAGGUUACGACGGGGACACGGAAACAUCUCAGGAUGAAUGCAAGUCAAAUGGAGGCUCUGACCCCAUUUCUAGAAGGGAGUACUUUCCCUCCUUGUUUAGGUUGAUCAUUCAGCUGUUAAUUAAAAGUCAGGAACACCAAGCUGGGAAAAACAUCCUUCCCCAAGUCUUGUUAAAACUUCUACAGACUCUGAAAGGAAAUUCGGCAGCAAUUAUGGUUGUCUGUGAGGAGGGUCUGCUGUAUGAGAUACUGAAUGGCUUCUGGACACAGCUUACUGCAGAAGAUGACCAAAGAAUGGUGAGGCGGUACCUGCUUUCACUUAUCCAGUGCCUGGCACAACAUAGGAUCACAUCCCUGGAGCUCCAGAAAAUCCUACAACUCUUCCAGUACUCACAUAUAUCAAGGGAGUUCCUACUGUCCUGUUUGCUAUCCAUUGUGGAACAGUCCAGCAUUCAGCCGUUCUACAGUGUCAAGUUCCCAGUGAAAUCCGGCCCCAAGAAAGCCUCCACCCAGUCCUCUGUAUCCUCGGGCAGUAUCAAGGUGUCCUCUGAACUCCUGCAAACCAAAUCGAGGACCACAGAGAAAGGCAGUGCUGUGAUUCCUCUCCUACGCUCUAUCUCAUCCCUCAUGAUUCCUACACCAGAUAUUCAAUCACAGCAGGAAGCGGAGAAAUCCCAGAAGACAUUUGAACAGGAAGUGUGGAACGUAAUGGCUCUAGAGAUUCCAUUGUCUAUUGGGGUCAUAUGGCCUCCUUAUCAGACUGGUUUGACCUUUGCUCUCUGGUUGAAAAUCUGUGAGGAAGAGGGGAUGAGUUUUAAACCAACAACAGUUUUAUCAACAGUGAACCAUGUUUAUGCAUCAAGUAGUGAAGACUUGUCAAAGAAAGGUCUUGCCUAUGGAAAGUCCACCAAACCAUUGCUGACAUCAGAGUGCAUUCAUGUCAUGUCUGUUGGUACAAGGGAUAAACUGUUGGAAGUGUGGAUCUCUUGCAAAACUGGAAUGUUACUGUUUAGACUGACCUCUGAAACCAAUGAAGGUGGAUUGGUGUUGGAUGAAGCCACAUCUAGAGACAGUGUUCAUCCUGGAAAGUGGCACCAUGUCAUGUUCAGUUACGUAGAAGCAUUGGAGAAUACGGAGGAGGAAGAGCCCAAGCUUAUAGGCAGGAUCACUUUGACGAUGGACGGUUGGCAGAGACAGGAAAUACGACUAGAACAGCCAAACCCAGCCACGAAGGUGGAGACAGCAGAAGGCAGGAGCAGCCUGUGUGUCGGCCAUGUUUAUGAUGAACUUCGAGAAAUGACCAACUUCCUGCCUUGGCAGUUGGGUUCACUGUCAUUGUUCAAAGGUGUGGAUCUUAGUGAGGAGGAGUGCCUUUACCUGUAUGCCCUGGGCCCAAGCUGUAGGGCCCUCAGUAAAUGUGAUGGCCCUGAGCAGCCAAUGUCCUACUCCACCUUCAUCACUAAACGGCUGAUACAGCACUCCAAUAUUUCCCAUGAUGCACUAGUGGGACUGCGGCUUGUUGACAGAAAUCAACUGAGGAUGAAGAUCAUGCUGCACUACAGCGGAAGAAGUCCAGGCCAGGUGAUGCUUUAUGAGUCUGCCCUCCGAUCAGAAAUCCCCGUCCUGAUGGCAGGAAACCUGGGAAUCCCCCAGCCCCAGUCCCAGUUGUUGAGUCAGCAGCCGCUACUGAGUGAUGUGAUGACCCACGGCAAGGUGGCCACCAAGCUGUGUUAUGGACUGGAGAAAGCGGUGAAGGAAGUGGGAGGAAUGGAGACCAUCAUGUAUCUGGUGGCAAAGAUUGUUGAGGACAAUAGCCAUGACAACCAUGACAAGGACAAGAUGGAAGAACAACUGCAAUCCAAAGUGCUACAGCUGCUCUUCUCUGUGGUCAACUUCUCUCCUGACCUGGCCAACGACUUCACAACAGCUAAUGGGAACAAACUUCUGUCCAAAGUCUUGACCUCCAGCAGGGGAAUUGUGGGAUAUAGCACUCUAAAGGUUCUGUUUGAUGCCUGUACUACGGAGACCAUCUUUAGGUUUGACCCCGAAACCAAAAACCUGGUAAUGAGGAGGAAGAAUGAAGCAGUGGUUACCAGGGCGACAGUGAUUGAGGAGCUGAUCCUCAACUGGAGGAUCUGGGAGGGGGCUGAGGAGGGGGUGUUGGAUCUCCUAUAUCGAGGACUAUCCUCACUGAUAAGGGAGGACCAUCCUCACCAAGCCUUCAACAUCAAACAGUUCCACUCAGUGUCGGUGGUGGAUCGCAUAUUUUGUACUUAUCAGGAGAGAAUUCAAGAUGGCUACCGUGCAUACCCCGUGUCAAUUGGUCAGUCUGUGGUCAGCAUCAUCACUAGCCUGAUGGGAAGCCCGCCUGACAUGCACAUCAUUGUGGCGGUCUGUGACUUCCUGUUGUACGUCCAUCCCGCGGCUAACACCUACAUCAGCUGUACCCAGUCAGGGUUCUACUUCAAACUGUGGUGGGAUUCGGAUAAAGACACGACCUUUAGAUCGAGUCUGAGUCGAGUUAACACGGUGAGGAAACCGAUGUCCAGUACCCCACACAGCAAGAGUGAGGGUUCCAAUCACAGUGCUGCAGAUACUGAAGUAGACUCUGCCAAGAGAAAUUUGUUCAGUGACGAUGAUGUAGUCUUUAAAGAGGACAAAUACCCGCCCGUGAAAUUGUUACAUCGCAAACAAGGCAGUUGGAUGGAGAUCCUCACCCCAGAGGAGUACAACCAACCAGAAACUCCGCCCUCCAUAACUUUAGAUCCCCCUCUCACUGAUACAACCCUGGCCUCCAUAACUUUAGAUCCCCCACUCACUGAUACAAUCACAGAGGUAGACACAGCAGACCCAGGGGAGCUAACUCUACAAAGCAGCCAAGCAGGAAUGACAGAGAACCAGUUAGAGAGCCCAAAGACUGAGAACCAGCUAACAGUUGACAACAGAGAGUGUAUGGAGACAGUGUCGGACUUGGAACAAAGUGGGGAGUCUGUGGAACACAUGGUCACUCCAUCAGAUGUAGAAAGUGAACUGUACUCCCAGUUUGAGGGGAGACGAGACUUUUACACAUCCCUGUCAUCCUACACGUCAGAAGAAAUCCACCACGACGACGAGGGACUGAUCGCUCAGAGGCCUGAUGUCCAUUUUGAUGAGAAGACUGAGGACAAUGAGUUUGAACGGGGUCUGAUUGCUGUCUGUAUAGGUUUACUGAAGACUCUGUCAGAUGUGGUCAUCAACAUCCCAGAUAACAUGGUCACCAAAGUUCUACAGAAGGUCAUCAAUACCGACAUCCUGAUCAUCAUGGCUCACAGUAACUCGCCGGAGGUCAGGACCUACGUAAUCAAGUUACUGAGUAGUUACCUGUUCCGGGCCACACCUGAGCAGGUGUCUGAGUUCCUGAAGAAGGAGAGCUUCCACCUGUUGGGGGCCCAGUUUUACCAGUAUCUGUCUCAUACCGAGCAGUUGGAGGAAUCUAUCUCACUCAUACUCGGCCUACGAUUCACCUUCGACUCAGAUUUGGAGAUAAGUGAUCUUGAGAUGACCCCUGUCCAGCAGUCUGCUGUUGUCUUACUUCUGUCUCUGCUGGAGAAUACCCUGUGGGACGUGGCCCUGUGUCACAACGCCCUCCUGACCACCAGACAGUUAUUUGAGCGCAGCCCUAUCCUGGGCUCUCUAAUGUUGGAGGCAGGUUUGGUAGAAGUUCUUACAAACAUGAUGGCAAGGAUAUAUAGACUCUCUACCAAGAACACUGAUAUAGCUGGAAGAGAUGAAAGACAGAUCUGUGUUGAAGAUCUCCAAAACCUUGUCUGUGUUAUAGCAUGCAGGGAGUUCAGUGCAAGUGGCAGCCAUCAUCUCCAACAGUUUGAUGAUUUACGAUAUCUUCUGAGGCAGCUGGAGAACAAAGAAAGGAAAGAAUUUGGUGAGAAGAGUAAGCCGGUGCAGAACUUGAAGAGUCUACAGUACAGUGUGAUUCUACGACAGCUGACUGUGGUAGAAAAUGCAGGACAGGACAGGUUAUCCAGACAAGUGUCCAUGCCUGCUGAGUUUGGGGAAUCUUAUGGACAUUAUUUUGGACCUACCCAUUCAUCCCCACCUAUCGUGUAUAAGCCCAGAAACCUCCCUGAGUCCCUCCCUAGACUGUCGGCUCUACCUGCAUCAUUUAGCUUGUCUUUAGAUCUAGACAACCGAUCCUACUCCCAGGGAGAUUCCGACAGUUCCACAUCAUCGGGACGUUUCUCUCGACAUCAGUCAUUGGGUAGUAGUCUGCCCAAUGAACCAAACACUCAGAAGCAGGGCAAGUCGGGAUUCUCCAUCAGCAACAUGUUCAAACAGCUCAGCUCCAAGAAGAGUAGGCUGAUGGUGCUCCCAUUGUCUCAGUCAGAAGUCAAUGACAGAAUUAAGAAGUUGCUAAAUUCUGCUGUGGAUAUUGUAGUUAAUGCUGAGAAAAAAGAAGUUGUAAAACCAAUUGAACGGAAAACCAUUAGUUCCAUUUUUGAGAAAUCCGAGCCAGUGUCCAUAGAUACUAUUUACAUGAGGCGCUUGUUUGAUUUCCUGUACCGAGGAUUUGAGCACACUCUUUAUAACCAGGACAGAAUGGUGCAGAGAACACAGAAAAAUCAAGUCAUGUGGAGUCUGAGGGAUACAACAAGGGUUCUGUUGGCUCGCUUGUUGGUGUACAUGAUUUCCACCAGACAAGUUCUGGAGGAUAGGACCUACAUUUUGUCAUACAUUGCAAAUGAACUGAAGGGGCAGGAAAUCCUCAAAAUUCUCAUCAACACUUCCCCAGAAUAUGCCCAUGAGCUGGCUUAUUACAUGUGGGAUCUGUUGGAGAGGUGGGGGGACUGUCUGAACAGUCAGCACCGUGCAGACGGCGCCAAGAUUAUGCAGACUCUCAAGAACUGUAACAUCCCUGUGGUGUCCCCCGGGAAAAGCAGGGAUUGUCAGACUCACCUGACUGAGGAGAAGCAAAUUAUUGAAUUCAGACUACAGAAAGGGAGACAACUGUGGAAGAAAAAGAGUGGUGCAGAUGUUGAAAAGGCCUUACAUCGACAAGAUAAAAUGUAUUCGAGUUUGUCAUCUCUUGCCAUGGAGAUGACCCAGAGAGUCACACAAUUACAGGGUCAAGAGAGAAGCAAGUUUGUGGAGCAUAUCAAGAAGACAAUGACAGAGAAAAUUCAAAUUAAAAAAUCAUGGCAGCAGGUUGUUCAGAAUCUCACUCAUGAGAGGGGUGUCUGGCAUGAUGCCAAGUCUUAUCCAAUGUCAUGGCAACUGGAUCCAACUGAGGGUCCAGGAAGGGUGAGAAAGAGGCUGAUGAGGUGUCACCUUGGAAUAGAAAAGAGAUUCCUAACCCCUGAGAAUCAGGCUAAAUUAGAAAGUGAAAUGGUGGAUCCACCCUUGAUCUACCUGUUUGAGGAUGAUCAUCAGACUUCAGACUCUGCAGCUCUGGUUUACCAGCUCUACAGGAACGAGAAAAUUCAACAUACAUGUAAAUGUACUGCUGUGUCCCCAUUUAACGAGAGCAUGGGAGAGUUGUUAGUCGGAGAAAACAGCAUAUUCUUUGUAGCAGAUGAAGCUAUCACCGAUGCCAACUAUACACAGGUCCUCCUGGGAAACAAGGACCAGUUAUCCAUGACUUGGCCCUAUGAGGAUAUCCGAGAAAUCCACAAGCGCUGGUUCCAGCUGAGGGAUAUAGGGAUAGAGAUCUUUCUGACCAAUGGUAAAACCUGUCUGCUGGCGUGCCAGAAUAAUAGGGAGAGAGAUGGUCUGUAUCAGCACCUUCACACCCUGGAACUGCCCAACUACCUCGCUCUGGAGGAGCUCGCCUCAGUACAACAGUCAUGGAUAGAUGGGAGGAUGACCAACUUUGACUACCUCACUUACCUGAACAAAAUUGCCGGCCGAUCAUUCAACGACCUGAUGCAGUACCCUAUCUUUCCAUUCAUUUUAAAGGAUUACUUCAGCGACAGAUUAAACCUUUGUGACGAAAAGAGCUUUAGGAACUUAAGUAAGCCCAUGUCCGUACAAUGUAAAGAAAAAGAGCAGAAGUACAUUGAGAACUACAAUAUACUGAAGCAGGAGAGAGAUCGAGGGGGAAUUGACAACUCGUUGCUAAGGGUGGAGCCCUAUCACUAUGGCAGCCAUUACUCCAAUAGUGGGUCCGUCCUUCAUUUCCUGGUCCGAUUACCUCCAUUCACCAAAAUGUUUCUCAGUUACCAAGACAAGAACUUUGAUCUGCCUGACAGAACCUUUCACAGUGUGCAGACAUCUUGGCGACUUGCUAGCUUUGAAUCUGCAACAGAUGUCAAAGAAUUGAUCCCAGAAUUCUUCUUCCUACCAGAGUUCCUGAAAAACAAUGAGGGUUUUGACUUUGGGAAGCGACAGAAUGGGGAGGUUGUCAGCGAUGUGACCCUGCCCCCCUGGUCCAACAACGACCCCCGGCUGUUUGUGAUGAUUCUCCGACAGGCCCUGGAAUCUGCCUAUGUCACCAAGAACCUCCAUCGCUGGAUCGAUCUGGUGUUUGGAUUCAAGCAGCAGGGAGAGGAGGCAGUCAAGGCCAUCAACGUGUUCCACCCCUCAACCUACUUUGGAAUGGACAUAGAUAGUGUCAAAGAUCCACUGCGCCGCCAUGCUCUGAAGACGAUGGUCAAAACCUAUGGUCAGACCCCCAAACAGCUGUUCAGAAAUGCCCACCCUCAGAGGAGCUCCCUGCAGGACACGCCCACUAUCUUAUCCCAGCUGUUCACGGGGUCGACGCCCACAGCUGAGCCGAGUCCUUUGACCAGUGUGAAUGGCCUGAAGUGGGGUGUGUAUGUCGGGUCCCGAGAUUUACAACCUCCCGAGGUGGUCUGGCAAUGUCGCUAUGAUGCAGUGGUGGCCAACUUAACUGCCUUCCCAACUGGUGAAGUCUUUGGAGUGGGAGAAAAAUGUUGCUGCCUUACUAUGCUCAGUAAACAAAAAGUUUCAACAGUGUACAACUCUACAGAUGUUAUCUGGGCAGCCAUAUUAGAUUGGAAGGGAGCAGACGGUAUUUUGAGAAUUCAUCAAGUGAAGAAAGAGACCCCAGCCAUCAAUCUUCUGUCUCACACACCAUUUGAAAAAGUGACCUGCUGUGCCUCAGUUCCAGAUUGUCGUCUGCUGUUUGUGGCGGGAACCAGUGGAACCAUCACCAUAUACAACACUGUCUUCAACCAGGCCAAGGAGAGCUGUUUGCAGAUUAAAGGCAGUCGGCAGGUGCUUCACGGACACACAGGGAAGAUCAAUGCCCUGGUGGUGUGUAAGGCCUACAGUGUGGUGGUCAGUGGAAGUGAGGACUCUACCUGUAUCAUCUGGGACCUCAACAGAUUGUGCUAUGUGAGGUCCAUAACCUGCCAUGCUACACCUGUUAAAGUAGUGGCGGUAAGCAGUACCCUGGGAGACAUAGCGUCAGUCAGUCAGAAAGGGCCCGGAAGUGAGCUGAUGCUCCACUCCAUCAACACCACACUCAUCGCUAGGAGUGUCAUGCUGGAGAGCAGUAUCAACUGUCUGUCCUUCUCCAACGCCCCGGAGGGUCAGUCUGUCAACAUUCUGGCUGGAGGAAUGGAUAAUGGAGUUGUUAGACUAUGGAGUGGUAUGGACCUCACAGUCCUGAGAGAUCUGCAAGCUGAGAAUCUCCUGCACAAACCUGUCAUCAGUUUGACGUUUACCAACGACUCGUACCGACUAUAUAUGACGUCAUCUGACGGAACAAUCACCGUGUGGGAGUCGCCUCCCUUUGGUCGCAUCAGACCCAACAAUCUUCUACUUCACGUGUAACUGAGAUUUUGUUCUCUGGACAUAAAGUAACUGAGACUUUGAUCUCUGGACAUAGUGAUUUUAUUUGACACAAACCCUUAUUGUCACUCUUAAUUUUCAAGAGAGUUAAAAUGUCCAGAAAGUCCUGUUAUUGGCAGCUGACAUUCCAUUUAUGAACAUUUGAAUAGAAUGUAGAUGUGUAGGAUAUAUUUUUGAUAUUUUUCGAAAAAUCAACAAACAUUGUGAUCUAAUCACAUGUUUAUUCAUAUGUACAUAAGCAUGUUUUAUAAGACUGUAAAUAUGUGAUUCUAUCUGUAAGAGCGUUAAUGAAUUCAGCUUAUUAUUUUUAGAAGUGAAGGCAUCCACAAUCUAGAUGACCACGAUUUUUUAAUGUACAUUCCCUAAUCUAUAUUUGUGCCAUAUGUAUUGUAUAAUUUGUUUAUUGUUAUUGUAUAUCUAUUAUAAGAUUUAUUAAAGUCGAAGUUCAUAUGUUUGUAUUUCAAAUCAUUUUAUGCAAUCUUUCCAUGUUUUAACGUUGGUCUGCUCAAUUGUAUAAACUUUUUUAUUUGCUUAAUAUCAAGAUGUGUUUUUUCAAUGUUAUUGUUUUUAUCCUCUAGUAUUGACAAUUUGAAAAUAAAAGGAAAAUAUGCUCACUUUAA